AAAGUGAAAACAUGAAGUUUCAUCUGGUGGCCCUCCUGGGCAUGCUCAGCGUGGUACUGGCGGAUCCGUCGCCCACCUUGGCACCUCCCAUCUUGCCCUGCGUGCACGCGGCCACUGCUGGUUAUGCUUAUCCUCCGCCGGCGGAGGUAAAGUUUUCCAUCUCGCCCGGAGUGACCAAGUACAGCCAGAGCCCGGCUAUAUCCACGUACUCGGAGAACGGACAACUCCUGCACACCUCGGUGGGAAGUUCCGGAGCCGCCUAUCAGUCCACUGCCGGAGUCGAGGGCUUGUCGCAUGGUGGCAUCACUCAGAUCAGCAAAUACAUAGCUCCCGUGCAGAAGAGUCUGUUCACUCCCUCAGUGGAGUACGGAGGAGCGGGAAUUACGUAUGCGGACAAGUCCCCAGCCGCCAAGUACGCAACCGUAGUGCCCUCGGGCAUCGAAAUCAAGAACUUGGUGUCGCCGGUGGUUACCAAGUUGGACAACUCCUACUUGCCGCCAUCACCCGGAAUCUCUAAAGUGGCGACCUACACCUCGCCGGGAUAUAGUUACAGUUCGGCCACUCCUGGAAUAUCCAAGGUGGCCACUUACUCCUCCCCGCCGCUCUCGAGCGUUCCCUACUAUGCGCCACCGGUGACUUCCAAGGUGGAGACAUACAGCUCACCUGCGUACACGUACAGCAAGGCCACUCCCGGCUACUCCAAGGUGGAGACCUACAGCUCUCCUGGUUACAGCUAUGGACAGAUCUCGCCGGGCAUCUCCAAGAUUGCCACCUACUCGCCAUCGGUUUCGUAUUCAGCGCCAGCGAUUGCCAAGGUGUCCACCUACUCCGCGCCAGCCCUUAAACUGGCCACCACUUCGUCACUGCUCUCCUCCCACGGAACAGGAUACUCCGCCAGCUAUGCUCCCUCAAUUACCAAGUACAGCCAGGUAGCAGAUUUAUCCCACCAGUACAUAUCCAAGCCUAUAGUGGCCGCUUAUCCAGCCGGAGGCACUGCAUCCGGAGCGCUGUCCCACCAGUACGUCUCCCAACCAGCCAUUGCCAAGGUGUCCACUUACGCUGCUCCCACGGUGGCCACAUACUCAUCUGCCCCUGUCAUCUCAAAGCUCUCCACCAGUUAUGGCGCUUCAGGAUCGGGAGCCGUCUCCCACCAAUAUGUCUCCAAGCCGGCUGUGAGUAUUGCCGCUCCAGCAGUCGCCAAGUUGGCAACCUAUGCUGCUCCUGCCAUUUCAAGCUACUCCACUGGUCCUGCCAUUUCGAAGGUAGCCACCUAUGCAGCUCCCACUGUCUCCACCUACUCCUCGGGAUAUGGUUAUGGUUCGAGUGGUUCAGGCGCCGUCUCCCAUCAGUACGUGUCCAAGCCAGCGGUGGCCAUUUCAGCCGCUCCUGCCAUCGCCAAGGUGGCUACCUAUGCAGCUCCCGCCAUUUCCACUUAUGCGGCCGCUCCAGUUGUGACCAAAGUCGCCACUGGAUAUGGAGCAAGUGGCUCGGGAUACAGUUCGGGCGCUGUUUCCCAUCAGUACGUCUCUAAGCCAGCGGUGGCCAAAGUGGCCACCUAUGCUGCUCCUGCCAUUUCAACAUACUCAGCAGCUCCCGCAGUGGCCAAGAUCGCUACGAGCUAUGGAGGAUCGGGACAUGGAGCCGUCUCCCAUCAAUAUGUGUCCAAGCCAGCAGUAGCCAUCUCAGUGGCCCCCGCAAUCGCUAAGGUGGCGACAUACGCUGCUCCGGCGAUAUCAACGUAUGCCACAGCUCCUGCGGUCUCAAAAGUGGCAACCUACGCGAGCCCCUCCAUAGCCACCUACUCCUCCGCUCCUGCUCUCUCCAAGGUUUCCUACAGUCAGGCAGCGGAUGUAUCCCACCAGUACAUUUCCAAACCUAUUGUGGUCGCCUAUCCGGCGGCUGCUCCUGCAGUGGCCACAUACUCAUCCGCUCCUGCCAUCACCAAGCUCUCCACGAGCUAUGAAUCGUCGGGAUCGGGAGCCGUCUCCCACCAGUAUGUGUCCAAGCCAGCGGUGGCUAAAGUCGCAGCAUAUGCAACUCCAGCAAUCUCAACGUAUGCUACUGCCCGCGCCGUAUCCACGUACUCGGCAGCUCCAGUGGUAACCAAAGUGUCCACGGGUUAUGAUGGAAGCGGAUCGGGAUACAGCUCAGGAGCAGUUUCCCACCAAUAUAUCUCGAAGCCAGCGGUGGCCAUUGCAUCAGCUCCUGCAAUUGCUAAAGUAGCUACAUAUGCUGCUCCUGCCAUCUCCACCUAUUCCUCGGCUCCCAGUCUCACCAAGAUUUCUACGGGCUAUGGAGGUUUGGCCCAUGGAGGAGCCCUCUCCCAUCAGUACAUCUCUAAGCCGGCGAUCGCAUUGGCUCCGGUGGCUCCUGUUCUCUCCAAGACUUACUUGCCCACCGCUCCAGCCAUCGCUAAAGUAGCCACAGGAUACGGAAUCAGUGGCUCGGGAGCCGUGUCCCAUCAGUACGUAUCCAAGCCAGCAGUGACACUCGCGGCGCCAGCGAUUGCCAAGGUGGCCACCUAUGCUGCUCCGGCCAUAGCCAGCUACACUACUGGAGCUGCCAUAUCGAAAGGAUUGUCCUAUGCAGCUCCUGUGGUAUCGACGGGUCAUGGGUACGGGGGAAGUGCCUCCGGAUAUAGUUCUGGAGCAGUCUCCCAUCAGUAUGUGUCCAAGCCAGCGGUUGCCCUUUCAGCUGCUCCUGCAAUUGCUAAAGUAGCCACAUACGGGGGACACGCGGUCGGCGCCGUUCCCAUUGUAUCCACCAAGCUGGCUACCGGCUACGGGGGCAGUGGAUUGGGCUACAGCUCGGGAGCCGUCUCCCAUCAGUAUGUCUCCAAGCCAGCUGUGGCUAUUUCAGCUGCUCCAGCUAUUGCCAAGGUGGCCGUUCCAACUGUCAGCCACAUUUCCACUGGUCCAUCGAUCCCACUGGGAGUGGGAGUCGGAUACGGGUCUAGUGGACAUGGAGGAGUCUUGCUUGGUGCACCGCUGACGAAGUUGACAUCGGCUCCAGCGUAUUCCCUGGGUGGAAAGCUUGCCAGCAGCACCGCGUACGGAAUCAAUGCUGGACAUGGAUCCGGUCCCAGCGGCGGCUACUACGGAGCCAUCUCCUUGGGUCAUGCAAAGGUAUCCCCAGCCCUUAGCUACCACGGUCUACUGUCCCAUGGAUCGGGUCUGGCACAAGGCCCCUCCUCUGUGGCCCAUCUGGACUCCUCCCUAAGUGGAUACUCGCACGGGGUGGGUGGCAUCGGACCGCUGGGAGCUGGAUUCUAUCGCUAUGCUCCAAGCGUGCCAGUGCUGAGCAGCCACGCCCCCGUGGCAGCCACCGCGUACUUGAAGUCAGCACCGGUGGCACAACACGCCGUCCUGAAGGUGGUGCCGGAGAAGCACUUGGAGCACUUCGAUGCCCAUCCUCGCUAUGCCUUCGAGUAUGCCGUAAAUGAUCCCCAUACGGGAGACAACAAGCACCAGAAGGAGGAGCGCGAUGGAGACGUGGUCAAGGGAGAGUACUCCUUGGUUGAGCCCGAUGGCAAUGUGCGCACGGUGAAGUACUACGCCGACUGGGAGACGGGCUUCCACGCCGAGGUCAUCAACAGUCGCGAUCAGGGCAAAAUUGUGGCCAAGCGUCAGGCGGAAACCAAGUCGUGAGCUCUUCACAGGCCUCAAAUUGUUUUGUUCAUUCAGCAACUGUAAAUAGCCUCAACUGCAAUCUUCUUCUCAUUAAACAUUAAACGUAUUUAUGUAAACCCCACAACGACAGC